UCAACUCUCUCUGUGUCUCACGCGCCCGCGCGCGCUCACUCACUUACCUCACUCACAACACAGAGCAGCGGAGCGCGCGCUGCAGAGCGGAGGGAGCGAGGCCAGGCGCUCGCGGGAAACUUUGUUUUGGUUUAAAGUGAUUCAUCUUUACAGAACCGGAUUAAACCCAGACCAGAACCGGACUAACGGAUUAUGCGUUGAGCGAACGGAGGAGCGCGCGGGACGGGGAAGGUUAGCUUGCACUGUGUGACAUCACCACCCCUCACCGAUUACCAGUUGCAAGCCUCCCUCUAAGAUGGACCUCGGCAGUGAGGUCGACCUAUCCAGCGGUAGCAUUGCCCCACUGUGGAAGAAGCGAUCAAACGGCCAUACCAAACCCAGACCCCUAAGCUACCAAAUCGAGGGGCUCCUCAUGACGGACUUCCCUGCGGAACCGACUGAAAAGCUCCCCGCUCCUGCAGGGGGCACUAUGGUGCUGAAGCACAUCCUGAACAAACCAGCUACACGCAAGGCUCGCGUGGUCCGGAGUAUUAGCAUUGGGCGCAUUAAGGAUGGACGAUUUUCUUUGGUCAGGUUCGGGUCAGAGGACAGUAAGGCUUUAGUGGACAGUUCGCCAACUAAAACGCCGACCAAUCCCUGUUCAAAGACUGGAAAUGGCUUGAGCUUUCGUGACCCUUUGAAACGACUGUCCGGCCAGGUUACCCUCACCAGUCAGAGGGACCAGAUUGUGUUCAGGGACUCACCUGACAGCCCCCAGGAGUCAAACUGUCUGUCUCAGGAAAGUCCAGGCCGGAUCUCCUCUCCAGCACAGCCCAGAGAGCUUCGCGGUUCUCCUGUUGCCCUACGGACUCCAUCAGCCCAUAGCUCCACCUCCAGCAUCCCUUCUCUCUUUUCACCUUCCUCCUCCGCCCCCAGCACCCCUUCAGAACCGGCGACGCCCCGGACCCCUUCACCCUCCGAUAGUGGCAGCAUGGUGCUCCUGCGGCAGUCAUCAGGCUCCUCUCAGGGCUCUGAAGGCAAGCCACCAACGCCUUCGGUGGUCCUCAGCACGCACAGUCCGGCAGCAAUGAAGGUGGGCACCCAGCAGCUUAUCCCACGAGGCCUGGUCUCAGAAACGCGACCCAGCAAGUCGUCCCAGGCAGGACCUGAGCGCCAGGGUCUCGGGAGUCUGCUGGACCCCUCCAAACGAGCUCUCCGUGCCCGCAGCAUGGUGGAAACCGGUGCCUUCUUCUCUACCAGCAGAGACGAUGAAGAGGACGUAGAUGAAAGUCCUCAAAUGUUCAAGAGAGGCCUGCGCUCCACUUCGUACCGCAGAGCUGUGGUUAGCGGAAUCGACCAAGAUUCCCCCACCGAUUUGAAGAAUCAACGCUUGUCUCAGCCUGUGCUCAAAGGAGUAGUGGAGGUCAAGGAGGGGCAAGGCAGCCCACAGGCAGCUAAGAGCAAGGCACGAGUGUUAGAUCAGAGUGGAGAAAAGAAGAAAGGUCUGCAGCCCCAGAGAACGUUCGACAGUGAAGAGGACGAGGUUCUGUAUCAGAACUAUCAGGAGAAAGCACUGCACAAUGACUCAGACGAGGAUGCUGAGUCCAGAGAAGCCAAACCAGAAGACCGGAUUGUGGUCCAGAACAAACUCAUCCGAACCUCGUGGAGUCAACUCAGUGUGGUUAAAAAGAGUGAAGCGGCAAAGAAGCUGAGCCAAGAGGAGCGAAAACGACAAGAGGCGAUAUUUGAAGUGAUCUCAUCAGAGCACAGCUACCUGCACAGCCUCAUGAUCCUCAUUCGCCUGUUUAAGGACUCUCAGGAGCUCAGCGAGACCAUGACCAAGACGGACCACCACCACCUCUUCUCCAACAUCGUGGACGUUUGUGAGACCAGUAAAAAGUUCUUUAAAGAGCUGGAAGACAGACACCAGCAGAACAUUGUGAUCGAUGACAUCAGCGACAUCGUGAUCAGACACGCCCAGUCCAACUUUGAGCCCUAUGUGACGUACUGCUCUAACGAGGUGUAUCAGCAGAGAACACUGCAGAGGCUGCUAAGUAAAAAUCCAUCCUUUAAGGAGGUCCUGAAUCGUAUUGAAACCCACUCUGACUGCCGGAAUCUCCCCAUGUGCUCUUUCCUGAUCCUGCCCAUGCAGAGGGUGACACGCCUUCCUCUGCUUGUGGAUACCAUUUGCCAGAAGACACCAAAAGACUCUCCCCAGUAUGAGGAAUGUAAAAAAGCUCUUCACUGCGUCAGCAAGCUCGUUAGGAAGUGUAACGAGGGAGCUCGUAAGAUGGAGCGGACGGAGAUGAUGUACACCAUCAACUCACAGCUGGAGUUUAAGAUUAAGCCCUUCCCUCUGGUGUCUUCCUCUCGCUGGAUGGUGAAGCGAGGUGAGCUGACUGCCUAUUCAGAGGAGAAGAACAGCAUCUUCUCUAAGAGGAUGUCACGGCAGCAGGUCUACUUCUUUCUCUUUAACGACGUUCUGAUCGUCACCCGCAAAAAGAGUGAGGAGAGUUAUACAGUAAUAGACUACGCACUGAGGGAUCAGAUCUGGGUGGGGUCAUGUCAGCCAGAAGAUCUCAACCUUUCUCCAACCCGGACCACCGCCGGCAUGCUGACAUCACGGCAAGGCGGAGCCAGUCAUCUGUUCCGCCUUAAAUUUCGCAGCAACCACUCGAAAGAAAAAGUGCUGAUGAUUCUGGGGGCGGAAUUACUUAAUGAGCGUGCUCGCUGGAUCAGUGCACUGGGACAAAGCAACAAUGAGAAGAGGAAUUCUGACAGAAUAAAUGCCAUGCAGGUGGAAGUGAUCCGGACGUAUACAGCCCGGCAGCCGGAUGAGCUCUCGCUGCAGGUGGCUGAUGUGGUGUUGGUGUCUCAGACAGUGGAUGACGGCUGGUACGAGGGCAUGCGUCUGCGAGACGGAGAGAGGGGCUGGUUUCUGUCUGAGUGCGCCCAGCCAAUCACCUGCCAGGCCACCAUCGAGAAGAACAUGGAGAGGAUGGACCGCCUGCAGGGCCUGGAGACCAACGUAUGAACAUGAGCUCCGUUUCCUUCACAUGAACACCUACAGAGAGAGAGAGAGAGAGAGAGAAGAA